CACAUCACAUCCGGACGACUCCACGGAAUAAUCGGCGAGACGUCACAACUUGACGUGAUCUCCUCGCGAUCUUUCUCUGCCUAUCGUUUAUCUCGCGCUUCAUGUCGCACCACGAGACGUUUGAUAAUUAUAUCAUUUUUCACAGUCUUCCCUCAAAACUCGUCUCCUCGUCUCCUCGCCUCCUUCGCGGGCGUCUUCUACGUCUUCUACGUCUCACUUUGUACCCAGAGACUGCGCGGACUCGUUCCCGAUUACACGACGCGAAUACAGUCCCGCGUGCUCGAGAGUUAUUAAUAUCUUAAUUACGGCAAGCUUGUUUUUGCGAGGUCGUCUGGUCGAUCAGUUCGUCGAGGCGGGACAAGAGUCCGCUUACUCGAAUCGACUGCCAACGUCAAAGACACGGUAUGUAUAAGAGUGUCGUUCGUCUCGCAGGCGAUCUUUAUGAACCUUCCGCUAGUCGCGGGUCUUUGAGAAAAAAUGAAGAGAGAUUUCACUAGACAUUUUAUAAAUCAAAAGGAAACACUUUAAAAAUCAGUCUUGUAUCAUUCCUCACGAUCUCUUAGGUAAUUACUUUUCACCUAUUGUUCCAGACUCUUGAUAAGCUACCUAACAGUUAAAUUAUACGCUUGUGUUUGUGUAAUUUGAAGAGAAAACCAAGACAGAUAUAUGAUUUAUUUGUUAGGUGGCUCACCAAAAUAUUGGAACGACCGGCUCAUAGGAAGAUAGGAAAAAUAUGGCGGGUAUCAUUCUAAUUCUCACUCUGUGCCGCACCAAAACAAAGUGAUUCAACAGCCCUCAGCCAACCGCGCGACUACCCAAAGGUUAAAGUCUAUCUGCAACUUCCUUCUCGAUUGAUCCCGUUUUUUCGGCCGCUCAUUUCAUCUCUCGUCUCUGUGACGAACGGACCUAGUCAUGAAGUUACACGAUCGGUCCUUCGGCCACGAAAGCGGCCGUAAUCGAAAUACGUGAUCGCGGAUAACCCCACACCGGCGAGCUCGCGACGCCACGCGUCGCCGCAAAGCGUCGCGAUGCCGCCGCGGGCGGAAGCACGCACGCGCCCGCGAUCGAAGCCGGCGAAAAAUUCGCGGCGAUGAGCAGGAAGAGGCGCGACGGGGAUGAAGAGCCAGAAGGAGCGACACGCGGACACGCGCAGCUGAGCUGCGAGCGUCGAUAAAAGCUAGCGUCGCCGUGCGGCCGCGUGCAUUUAUCGCGCGUCUACGAAACCGUCAACCAGAACACAACCGGACACGUGGAAGACGCGUAACCUCUCGCGAUCGUCAAUCAGCCUCUUGCUUUCGGUUGCGGGAUGUCGGGGAAACGAGCGUCGCCACGUAACGCGCAAACACGAAUUUGAGAGAGGAUAAGCCGACUCUUGUUCGUCCUCUUCUCCUCGAGCAGAGACAGAUCUCGUCGCAACUUGGGCAACCUUGUUGGGGCAGUGACGGACUUAAGGCAGUGGCAAAUGACCGGGAGACGCCGGGAACCGCGACGAUUUGCCGGCACGACGAGCGACUAAGACAAAUCGCAGGUGUCGACCUGAUCUUGGGGCUUUUCAAGUCACUUGAGAAGAAAAUCGCAUCACUCGGACCGUGUGCUAUCGACGACGACGACGACGGGGACAGACGACUCCGUCAGCCGCGUCCGGAAAAUCCGCCGGGUAAACGCGGCAGGAUGGAGAACGGGAUGGAAAGGGAGGAAUAGAGAGAGCGAGAAGACGGAAGAGACAAGAAAAGCGUGUUAUCCGCACGGUUGUCGACGUGUCGUCGGCGUGACGUCAGUAGACUGAGUAGUGAGUCGAUAAUCGGUGCGAUAAACGUAGCCUACGUCGAUACAUUAUCGCGGACAGUUUGCAAUAGGAGCCAGGCGACAGGAAGGCAUCGGCGAAUGUCGCGCGUCCAAGGAACACGACCACCAACGUCGCGGAGCAUAAUCUAAUCGAGACACUGUCAGGCGGCAGUUAUGCGAGCUACGCAGUCAUGAAUCGAGCGUCCUUGAACACGAGACCCGCGCGACGGACGAAGCUGUUCCCGACCCGAACGAUGACGAUGGGUCUGUUGAUGUUACUGCUGGUGCUCGCGACGACGUUGUCGGACGCACGGUCGGAAUCGGCCAUCAGUCCAAUAGGUAGUGUGGGAUCAGGCUCAGGUGUCUCGUCUUCGUCCUCAUCCGGCUCUUCGUCAUCGUCGUCGUCAUCGUCGUCGUCGUCAUCAUCAUCUGUGAUCGGCGUGGUGUCCGACGGUGGUUCGAGUUCGGGCAACAAUGGAAUGGGCAGCGUGGCGAAUGGCGGUAACGGCGUGAUGGGUAACGUCGGGGGUGGCAUCGGCGGCAACGGCGGUAUGAACGGCGGCGGUGGACAUUCCGCAAUCGGUAGCAGCAAUGGGAACGGCCGUUGCGAGGAGAUCACGAUUCCCAUGUGCCGCGGGAUCGGUUACAACCUGACCGCCAUGCCAAACGAGCUGAAUCACGACAGUCAAGACGAGGCCGGACUGGAGGUUCAUCAGUUCUGGCCGCUGGUGGAGAUCAAGUGUUCACCGGACCUCAAGUUCUUUCUGUGUUCCAUGUACACGCCGAUCUGCUUGCCAGAGUACACGAAGCCAUUGCCAGCUUGCCGUAGCGUUUGCGAGCGAGCACGCGCUGGCUGCGCACCGUUGAUGCAGCAGUACGGCUUCUCGUGGCCGGAACGCAUGGCAUGCGACCGAUUGCCGAAUCACGGCGAUCCAGAGCGCCUCUGUAUGGAGCAAGACAAUCACACCAGCAGCGCAGGCACCGGUGGCGGCGGCGGCGGAGGUGGCGGUAACGGCGGCUCGCCGAGCAGCGGCGCCCCAGCACCGCCGGGUCCGCCAGCGCGACCCACACGACCCUCCAAGACCGCGCAACCAGCCCGCUGCAAACCGGGUAAGAACCAAAAAAACUGCCAGCACCCCCCGGGGGAGAGGGCGAGGGACUGCGCGUGCAGGUGCAGGGCGCCCCUCGUGCCCCUGGGGGCGGUGGGCGCGAUAAUACCAGGACCGAUAGGCGCCGGCAGCGGCAGCAUCAGCGGAAGCACCAGCAACGGGGUCGGUCUGGCCGGCAUGAACGUAAAUGGAGCGAUACCGGCGCCGCCGCCAAUGGGAAUCGGCCGCAACGUCAUCCAGGACAUUGCGGGAGUGCAAGACUGCGCCCUACCGUGCCACGGCGCGUUUCUCACCACCGAAGAACGAGGUUUCGCAGCCGUAUGGCUAGCUCUGUGGAGCGGACUGUGCGCCGCCAGCACUCUGGUGACCGUCACCACGUUUCUGAUCGACACCCAGCGUUUCAAGUAUCCUGAGAGGCCGAUAGUCUUCCUCUCGGCAUGCUACUUCGUCGUGUCGGUGGGCUAUCUGUCACGGAGCGUGUUCGGUCACGAGGAAAUCGCCUGCGACGGUCCAGCCUUGAAGUCUGGUGCUCAAGGUCCGGGUGCCUGCGUCACCGUGUUCCUCAUGAUCUACUUCUUCGGUAUGGCGUCCUCGGUGUGGUGGGUGAUCCUAGCGUUUACGUGGUUCCUCGCAGCGGGUUUGAAGUGGGGCAACGAGGCGAUAGCGUCGUACUCGCAGUACUUCCACCUGGUAGCUUGGCUGGCACCAACGGUGCAGACGGUUUGGGCAUACGUCGCUGGCGGUGUUGCCGGCGAUCCGGUAGCUGGAGUUUGCACGGUGGCGCCAGAGGGUGUGCGCAAUUUCAUCCUGGCGCCUUUGUUCGUUUACCUUCUGUUGGGCACGAGCUUCCUCCUGGCUGGCUUCGUGAGUCUCUUCCGCAUUCGGUCGGUGAUCAAGCGUCAACCCGGCGCCAAAGCGGACAAACUGGAAAAGCUGAUGAUUCGCAUCGGCGUAUUCAGCGUUCUCUACACCUUACCAGCGGGAUUAGUGUUGGGUUGUCACAUCUACGAGUCACAUUGGCGAGACGAAUGGCUCAGCUCGCUGGCGUGCCCCUGUCGACCGCGUGCGAGGCCGCUCUACUCUCUCCUGAUGCUAAAAUACUUCAUGGCGCUCGCAGUCGGCAUCACCUCGGGCGUCUGGAUCUGGAGUGGCAAGACGGUCGACUCCUGGAAGCGACUGUGGAGGCGUUUGUUUGGCGGUGAUCACGGCGUGAGCGGACAUAUGGGCGCCGGCGCUGGUAUGAUGGCUGGCGUGACCGGGGUUAGCGGCGGUAUCGGCAGUGCUAGCAUCAAGGGAGUUGUGGGUCGCGUGGCGGUGCCGUAUCCACCGGCGCCGGGUCCAGGUAGCGCUCUGUUGCCACCUGGUAGCGUCGCCAGCGCGUCUCAACAUCAUCUCCAUCAUCACGUGCUCAAGCAACCCCCGCUUUCGCACGUAUGACGUCACCAGUCGGCGGGAGGCGACAUGAACACCGCUGGAUGCGAGCAGCAGCAGCCGCAGCAAGAGAGGCCUUCCGCCCUUAGCAACUAUGGGCCCAUCUAGCCCUUCGCCUCGGCCUCGCGCAGGCACAACACGCCGCACACGGCACCGCAUACCGCGCCGCAUACUCCCCACUCGGCGGCGACGAUAUACUCCAGGAGGUCGCUUGCGUCCACGACGGGACCGCUAACUCCGGCGCACGGUAUCGCGCCCUCCUACACGCAAGCCACCGAGGUGUGAGAGUACGCAUAGAGGAGCCGGAAGCUCGCAACGCUGCGCCAUCAGAUGGGAGACUGUGACGCCGAGGCCGGUCACCAUCAUCGGCCACUUCCGCGCGAUGAACGACGAGCGGCCGCAGUGCUUCUCGAUUACCCGAUAUACGUAUUAGCCUGUACGUGUCUUCUUCUCCCGCGGGAAUCUCGAGAAAUCCUCUCUUCAAGCUCAUCGGCCUGGUUGUCGACGUUGUCGCCGUCGUCGUCGUCAUCGUCGCUGGCGCCAUCAUCGUCGUCGUCAAGGACGUCUCUGUUGAUUCCAAGGAUUGAAGAGGGUGAUGAAACGGUGAAUCCUGGUGGACGACGUGGCGGGGACGUCAUCAGGGUGACGGCCGUUUGUCGUCAGGGAGGAUCGCUCGAGUGCCGCGGUCUAGUGAGAUUGUGAUGUAGACGAAAGAGACUUGGUGAACGAAGAGCUGCGAGAGCGCAGCGAACGGUCGAUAGAUUUCUCUGUCUUUAUCCGUAUCUAUCUAUCUAUUCUCUCUCUAAUCUUUCUUACAUUCUUGUAGCGGCGCUCGUAAAGCCCGCGUGUCCGUCUAACGUGUAUCGUCUCGUCUAUUUAUCUAAUCUAGCCGUUAAAAAGCAGAAGCCACGUGGAGGUGCGUGCCACGAGUGCGUGUUGUAUGUGCGCGAGCAACGGCGGCCUGCUCGCUCUUCCUGCCCCUCCUCGAAGAGGGAGGAGGGUGUCCACUGCCGCGGUGUUCUCGACAUCCUCGAGAUCCCUUCCUCCAGGUCCUUCUCGCAGAACGACCGAACCAAAUUCCUCCCCACUGCCACGGAUCGCGACAGACAGAUCGCGGAAGUCUGAAAGUAGCUCACUGACGGGAGGGGAGCAGGCUGCCGCGCCCGUGACGAAUGCGCGCGAGAUAGAGCGAGUGUGUACAGGCAGAACGUCGAAGAAGUAACGAGUUGGGAAUGGACUACUGUAAAUAUUGUUCUUAGAUGUUAGUCGCGCUGUAAAUAAAAACGGUCGCCAGACACGUUGUAGGAUGUUUUUUUUUCUUUUUUUCGAAGAACGCGAGGAUCGCGCUCGUGGCGAAUGCGCCACGUGUAUCCCCGACGCGCGUUCACGCGUCCCUUCACAGAGAGCAAUUGUCAGUCAAUACUUGCCGUUUGGCCGCCACGCAUCGUAAGGUUCGUCGAUUGGACCGCGUUGUGCAAUGUCGUGCUGUAAUCCGCCGCUUUCGCCGACUUUCCUCGAGACGAACGACGCGGGCUUCGGGAUCUCUGGCGGCUUGUAAAAUAUUAUCUCUACUCAUGAUUACUUAAUAUUUUUUAUUUCACGUCUCAUUGACGUUUCUCGAUCAACAGUUUGCUCCGAAGUAAUUUAACGGAAAUUUUAGGAAGAUUAACGCGUGAAUUCCGGCUGAAUCUGUUAUAUUUCGUUAAGUUUCGAUUUGUAAAUUUGUAUUACCGAGUCUGUGAAGAUCGUUUGCUUGCCUUCUUUCUUUUUUAUUUUUCAGUUUACGAUAAAAAUGAUUUGGUCCCAGAUUGCAUAACGCGGUCCGGAUUGAUCCGUGCGUGUUGUAUCGCAAUACUUUCGACUUAGAUUCCAUUCUGGUCGCCACGAGCGGCCGAUCGUCAUGGAAUGCGAACGCGAAUCCGUGCGCGUUCUUAUCGCGAAAAAAAAUGCGAGAAAUAGUACAUGUUAUAAGUAAAACAUACACAAACAUAUAUAUAUAUAUAUAUAUAUACACACAGGUCUGCCUCGCGAAGAUCACAAUAUAAUUUAACACGUCGGUGUAUUAGGUCGAAACCUUUUUAUACCGUAAGUAAGGGCGUGUCACUUCCGUCGCGUUCGCGGGACACCGGCUCGCGAUCGCAGGGUUCUCGCGGGGGACCGAUGAUAACACAACGGGAAGAGAAGGACGCGACGCCUUUGUAUUCUUACCGUACUGCGCGCGCGUCGGAUCGGCUGCUUCGCGCUCGCACGUGUCGCGAAGGGCGGCGAGCGCGACUCGAUAGCGAGGAGGAAGAGGUCGCGAAAAGGGGCUCGAGCCGUCCCUACUUCGCCCGGGGGCGCGCCCCGGAAGGAAAUCUAUGCACCCCCCGAGUCUGCACAGCGGACUAGAGGAAAAUUAUGCACGCGCGCGUAUGUAAGUCCCGGUGAUUUAGAAGUAGCGCCAAAGCGAGAUUACGCACGAGACGUAUUACGGGAGGAGAGGUGAGGUGUGCGAGCGAGCGAGCUCUUUUAAGUACGUAUUGUAAAGCGGCGUGCGCACUGCUGCUGACGCGCACACUACCGAACAAGUCGCCAGCAAUAUCGUUCAUUCGGAAUCUCCGCCGGCGCCGGAGACACGGAGAAAGCGAGAAAUCGGGGGAACUUCUCCGCCGUCGUUUACCUCGUAAUAGAGCUGCGACCGGACGUAAUGAAAUGCGACUGUAUGAGCGUGUUUGAUCGAGCGAAUGACGUAUGUGUGUAUCCGGAACUUUCCCGGAGAUCCGUGAGUCCACGACAACAAACGCAAUAACUCGACGUUAAGCUGUAACAAACGAAAACGGUAAAAGGAGGAGGAGGAGGAGGAAGACGCAAUGUCAACAAUCGCGGAUCACCACUGCCUCGGGUAAUCACUUGAUUGCGAGGAACGUAGAGCGAGUGCGCAGCAGAAAACGAACAAACUGUCUCGUGUAAAUUACAAGAAUGCGUAACCGUCGUGUCUCAGACGGAAACCUCUGCCAAAACGGAACGUACACGCGUAAUGUUAUAAAGGAGAAAAAAAAAGUAGCGGGAGUAUAAAGACGUCUUACAAUUAGUGUCCACAUAUCACUCCAAUGCAUAACAAGGGAGGGAAGGGAGGCAGAAGUGAUCGAUGUGUCGCGCGGGCAUGAGGAGGGAGGUGGAAAGUGCGAGAGAAUGCGAGAGAAGUGCUAGAGGAUGCCGCCUCUCGUCGAGAACGUAAGUGCCGGAAAUGCGAUGGUCUGUGUCGCUCUCGCGGAUCGCCGAAGAGAUCCACGGUGCGACGAGAGGCGGUAUCGACGGGACGGCGUUCGUGAGAACGCGCCCGAGAGAAAGGAAGUCUCUUUAUAAAGCGAGUAUUUGUAAGUCAUACUUUUUUGUCACAAUGAUUGUCAAUAAAAUGGAGAAAUACUGUGUAUGUACUACAACGAAUGUGUGUUUCGAGACGGGCCGGCGAUACCUCUCGAGAAGAACGAAGCACGCGAUAUCGGAGCGCGCGCUCCUCUCUUCGCCUCCCUUCUUUUCUUUUGUCAUCCGUGCGUGUUCCUCGUUCAGCAUUUACGUUCUGCGCACGACGACGAGUUUGACAUACGCGGCCGCCGCGCCGGUCGCUUUGUACAAUUUUUCUUUUUUUUUUUUUUUACGUUGCCAUAGUAACCGUAGAUGAUGUAAUCGACGUUCCCCGUCGGUCGCGCGAAAGGGAAAAAGUAUAUAUAUAUAUAUAUAAAAAACAAGGAAAAACAUAUAUGUGUAUAUAUAUAUGCACACACACUCGCGCGUGUAUAUACAUACGCGUAUAUCCAAAUUGUAUACGAUUUUUAAUACACUUUAUUAUUAUUUAA